AUGUCAGAUUUAAACACAACCAAUUUCACCAACCCUUCUACCUUCAUCCUGCUGGGCAUUCCUGGCCUGGAGGCUACCCAUGUCUGGAUCUCCAUCCCCUUCUGCACCAUGUACGGCAUAGCAGUCUUGGGGAACUUCACCAUCCUGUUCAUCGUGAAGAUGGAACCGAACCUCCAUGAGCCCAUGUACUAUUUCCUCUGCAUGCUGGCCAUCAGCGACCUGGUCCUGUCCACAUCCACCCUGCCCAAAAUGCUGAGCAUCUUCUGGUUCAAUUCCAGGGAGAUCGAUUUCAAUGCCUGCCUCACUCAGAUGUACUUCAUUCACUGCUUCUCGGUGAUGGAAUCUGGGAUCUUCGUGGCCAUGGCUUUUGAUCGCUAUGUGGCCAUCUGUGAUCCCCUGAGACAUUCCACCAUCCUGACGAACUGCAUGGUGGCGAAGAUUGGCCUGGCCGUGGUGCUGCGUGGCUGUUUACUUGUACUGCCAUAUCCCUUGCUGGCGAGUCGGUGGCUGUAUUGCAAGACCAACAUCAUCCCCCACACAUACUGCAAGCACAUCUCUGUGGUGAAUCUGGCCUGCGCCGACAUCCGUGCCAGUAGUUACUACAGCCUUUCUGUGACAUUCUUUGUGCCCAGUAUGGAUGUGUUUUUUAUUGCUCUGUCCUAUAUCCAGAUCCUCAGGGUCAUCUUCAGCCUGCCCACAAAGGACGCCCGGCUCAAGACAUUUGGGACCUGUGGCUCCCACCUCUGUGCCAUCUUAGUCAGUUACAUACCAGAUCUCUUCUCCUCCCUUACACACCGGUUUGGCGACAAAGUGCCCCUACAUUUUCUUGUUUUCAUUGCCAAUGUGCACGUCCUUGUGCCCCCUUUGGUACACCCCAUCAUCUAUGGGAUGAGGAUCAAACAGAUCUGGGACAGGUUGCUCUGGCUAUUUACUCAUAAGAACAGAAGAAUGGCCAUACUGUGUCAGACCAAAGGUCCAUCUAGCCCAGUUGGGCUACCAGAUAUGCAUGCAAUAUUCAACGUGUUGGUGUACAAUGGGUUUAUCUAG